AUGUACAACGAGCUAGAAGGAAUAGCGCAUUACUUGCAACAACUACCCGGAUCUUCUAUUUUCAUUAGAUACGUUAAAUCCUCUUAUCAGAAUGACCCUUGGAGGUCUUUGCUAGAAUUGUUACUCUUCUUGUUCGCAUUGAGAGUCUGGUUAUCGAAGCGUACUAGAAGGGAUGCAGAGAAAGGUUUCGUCGGUUUGUCCUCUACAGAGAUUGACGAGUUGGUAGACGAUUGGCAACCAGAACCUUUGGUACCACAAGCUGAGAUCAAGCAGGCACCAACAAUUAUUGGCCCACCUUCUAUCAAACCAAAGGUCUCUCAACCAGGUCAACCUUCAGAUAAAGCCAGACAAGUUACGAACCUCGUGUCUUACAACUUUCUUGGUUUAUUAGGUGAUCAACGGAUAAAGGAUGCCGCAACUAAAGCUCUACGAGUUUAUGGUGUUGGUAGCUGUGGACCACCUGGAUUCUACGGUACAAUGGAUGUACACAUCGAUUUGGAAAAAUCAAUUGCUCAGACUUUAGGUACAGAAUCAGCUAUCAUUUACUCGCAAGGCUUCGCUACUAUCACCUCCGUUAUACCUACUUUCGCAAAGAGAGGUGAUAUCAUUGUCGCAGACGAGGGCUGUUCAUUCGCCAUCAGAAAAGGUCUUCAAAUCUCUAGAUCAACUGUCAGAUGGUACAAGCACAACGAUAUGAACAGCUUAGAAACCGUUUUAGAUUCUAUCAAUAGAGAAGCUAAACGUAGGAAAGCUCCACUUACGAGAAAAUUUAUUUGCUCAGAGGGUAUUUUCCAAAAUGAUGGUAGUCUCGCAAAUCUUAAACGCAUUAUUGAACUCAAAAAGAAGUACAAGUAUAGAUUGAUUCUCGAAGAAAGCUACAGUUUUGGUGUUGUUGGCAAUACCGGUAGAGGAAUGACUGAAUUGUACGAUAUACCUGCUAAAGAAGUUGACAUUCUCGUUGGUUCAAUGGCGAACACCCUCGGUAGUGCCGGUGGGUUCUGCGCUGGAGAAAGCGUCGUAGUUGAACACCAACGCAUCAACUCUGCGGCCUUUAUUUUCUCGGCUUCACUUCCACCAAUGUUGGCUGUAAGCGCUAAUGAAACACUUUCAAUAUUAAACUCAAGCAGUGGACCAAACAUUGUACACUCCUUGCAAACCAAUAUCGCAUCUUUUAGGUCAGUUUUGAGUACAAUAGAUAGCAUUGAAUUGGCAUCACAUGCCCUCUCACCUAUUCAACAUGUUUUCUUUUCGCAAAGCAAGGAAUUACAAAUUAUAUCAACAUCUCAAAAAGAAAAAUCAAGCGAGGAGGAGCGUGUAGAAGCUGUACUUGGGGAUAUAUGCGAUGAUGCACUUGUUAAUGGUGUAUUUAUCACCGUUGCAGGUCACCUUCGAGGUCAAGAAAGCGAUAUUGGUGCAUUAUCAGCAGGUUCAACUGGCAUUCGUGUCGCACCAGGUGGAGCACCACCACCAACUGAGCCAAGAGCAUCAAUUAAGAUCGCCAUAUCUUCUGCACUUUCUAAGAAAGAAACUGAGAAAGCAGCACUCGUUGUCAAAAACUCAAUUAAUAGGGUUUUAAAGAGACGUGCAUGAAUACAUUUAAUCUUUACAUUACUAAUUC